CGUCCCGCCCACGCCAUCACCGCCUCCCCUGCUGCUUCCGGCCCCAUCACGUCCUUCGCUGAGACCGUCAUCUCUGAAGCUCUCGCCAAAGCGGAGGUCUACCGCUCCUUCGCCGCCUUCCUCGACACCGAACUCGCCCGCUUCUCCGUCGUCUCGCCCGCUCACGCACGUCUCCACUUCCCCUACCCUAACCCCCCCACCCGUAAGGCUACGCUGCCCCAAAGUGACGGCCGCGUCUUUCUUCGACUAGAUAAGGACUCCCCUUUCACCAACAACGACGCCUUCGCUAUCCGCAAAGAGGUUCAGUCUCUUCUCCGCCUCGCCCCCACUGACAUCCCUGGUUGCCACAAGGUCCCCUCUGGCUUUGCCCUCGUGCCCAAGAAUGACGCUGUCCGCCAGACCCUCCUGGCCCACAAAGAUGAGAUUGGUGCCCGUUUUGGCUGCGUCCAAGUCGAAGUGCCCAAA